AUGGGCUCAGAGGAUCUUUCCAACAACAAGAUCAGUGGUUUAGAUGUUCAGCUAUUCAGAAGCCUGACUUCGCUGGCAAAGCUAGAUAUAAGCCACAACCAGAUUUCUACAUUAGAAGAUGGAAUAUUUGAUAAUUUAUUUAAUUUAAGUGAAAUAAACUUAAGUUGGAAUCCAUUUGUUUGUGACUGCAAACUGUCCUGGUUGCCCCGCUGGGUGGAAGACAGAAAAGUGAGAGUUCUUGAGGCGUCAGACACGAGAUGUGCCCACCCCCCCGAGGUGGCAAACCUGUCCCUCUUCGACAUCCCGUUCCCCAAUGCCACCUGUGGAGCUCAGUACAUCACGUGUCUGACAAGCAACCACACGGAAGGGGCUGAACUUGUCGUCCUCUUCACGUCUGUCCACGCCGGGAACCUCAGCGAGGAGACCUGCAGUGCCCUGUGCUACGCCCAAGACCAGGAGUAUGGAGGUUUCAGCUCCCUGGGGCAGUGUCUGUGUGGAACUGCCCAUGAAACAAACUCUUCCUCUGGCUGUUUGCCAUUUUGCACUGAGCAUUUGUCCGGGCAGGGCUGUGGUGGCCCGUCACUCGUCCCCUCGCCCUUCCAGGCACAGCUGCCUGUGUCUUUCACAGGACUCCAGCCCCGGUACAGCCUACACCAGGCUGUGCUCUUCAAUGUCAGUAUUCCCAUCGCUGUCAGCACUUUACUGUGGGAAUUUGGGGACCAGACAGAGGUUCUCAACACCACUGGAAAUGCAGCUGUGCACACGUAUGCCUUACCCGGGCGGUACAAUGUCACUGCCACCAUCCUGGUGGGCACCAAGGUCUUGUACGAGCAGGCAGAAGUUGAGGUGGUGGCUUCACCCCAACAGCUGGAGCUGCAGUGUCCUUCCUUGGUCAAGACAAAUGAGAGUCUGGACAUCCAGAUCCGCAACAGAGGCGGCACUGGCCUCGUGGUGCUGUACGGGAUCACGCAGGCUGGAGAGCUGGGCAGGGCAGUUCACCCCAUGUGCCCCCCCGAUGGCUUGGUGUUCCCGGGCAAUAACCACUGCUACCAGCUGGUGGUGGAAAAGGCGGAGUGGCUGGAGGCCCAGCGGCACUGCCAGGAGCACGACAAUGGAGAGCUGGCUUUUGUCAGCAGCCCCGAGAUCCAGAGCUUCUUGGUUGCUCGUGUCAUCAGGAGCCUCGAUGUCUGGAUUGGAUUCAAUGAUUUUGCAAGCUCUGGAGCGCAGCAAAGAGGGGAAGGAUUUAAUCUGGAGAGCUGUCAGAACUGGCUGCCAGGAGAACCCCAUCCCUCCAACGCUGACCAUUGCGUCCGGAUGGGCCCGACGGGCCAGUGCAACACCGACCUGUGCAUGGCCAAGCACAGCUACGUCUGCGAGUACAAACCCAGAGGAGUUCUCCUAAAUGCCGAAAACUUCUUUGAGGGCGACGCUGUGUUUGACACACCCGAGGCCGUGAGGAACCUGGCUGGAGCUGUGCUGUCAGAGCCAUGGCAGGCUGAGCAGGUGAUGGAGUUCCCUGAGCUGGCAUUCAGGCACGAGGGGUAUCUGACUGCCCUGGAGUUUGUGACACAGGAUCUGCAUCAGCCCGUCCAAGUGAGGUUCCAGGUGCACAGGCCAAUGGAUGGAGAAGACUAUCAGGAGGGAAGCAAUGCUACGGAACCAUUCCAUCCUGCUCAGGAUGACGGGAACUGGACGCUGCUGGAAUGUCCUCCUGGUUUCCAGUGGUGUCAUUUGACUGAUUUGUGCUCGUCCCACAACAACUGCUGCAACGCGACCGAGUGUGCCAACAACAGUUCCUUUGCCAGCAGCCCUGCCCCCGGGGCCCUGCAGCCCAACGACAGCCAACCCAGCUAUGAACUCCACCAGGAAUUUCUCUUUACAGUACCAGCUGGCCCCUCUUCCCAGUAUCAGGUCUCACUCAGAAAAGAAAAUAUCUUUGUCAGGGCUGGGGAUGUCUUCAGCAUCCAGCACAAUGAGCAGCUGGUCCCGGUGCUCAGCCCCCACAACGCGGGGCUGGACCAGCCCGGUCUCUACACGGUCAGAGCCAGCGUGGACAGCGGGGUCUUCAGCGCCAACCUGUCCUGCAGCUUCCGGGUGGCCUCACGGGUGUCGGGCCUGCGUGUCAUCCACCCCCCUCCCCAGGGCAGCAGGGUCUACCUGCCCACCAACCACACCACCCUGGUGCUCAAACUGUCCUCGGGGGUGAACGCCACGGCCACCUGGCUGGGGGACAACCACAGCGUGCCCUUCACGGGGGCCUGCCCGGCGGCCGUGGCACCGCUCACGGCGCAGUGUGCCAGGGACAACAACGACACCUGGUUCGCUGUGGUGCAGCUGAGCGGCCUCAGGGAGGGGCUCAGCACCCACGUGCUGGUGGCAGAGAACGCCGUGAGCUCCCAGAACAUCACGGUCACCGUGAAGGUGGAGGAGCCGAUCCGCGGGCUGAGGGCCACCCCCGACCCCGAGAGCAGGGUCCUGCUGAACACACGGGUGAGCUACAUCCCUGUGAUGGAGGCUGGGUCAGAUGUGACUUUCCGAUGGACAGUAGAUGAUAAGCCAUCUUUCACUUUUUACAAUGUUGUCUUCAACGUUAUCUACCAAAGCCCAGCCGUGUACAAGCUUUCGCUCACCGCCUCCAACCACGUCAGCAACUUCACGGUCAAUUACAACGUCACGGUGGAGAUGAUGAAUAAGAUGAAGAACCUGACGGUGGUGGGUGUCCUGCCAGUCCUGCCCCAGAACAGCACCGUGGAGCUCACGGCGAGGGUGCACGUUGAUUCGGCUGUGGAGGCUCUGUUCCUGUGGGAUUUUGGAGAUGGUGUCCAGGAGGCAUACCUGUUCAAACCUCCCUACAACAAGUCUUUCCUUGUUCCUGAUCCCAGUGUCCAUGAGGUUGUCAUUGAGCACAAUGUUUCACACAUCUACCAAGACCCAGGAGAAUAUGCCCUGAUGGUUGUCGUGUCCAACCAGUUCGAGAACCUCACACACUUGACCCCAGUUCACGUCCACAGUUACCUGGUUGACGUGAAGGUGGAAGCAGAGGAGGAGGUUUUGGUCGUGAGCCGCCCGGUGACCUUCCGAGCCCAUCCCCUGCCAUCCCCCUAUGGCGUCGUGUACACCUGGGACUUCGGGGACAGGUCCCCCCUGCUCACAGAGAUCCAGCCUACAGUGACCCACAGCUACGCCCAGAGAGGGGUGUACAACGUCACCGUGACAGCCAACAACACCGUGAGCAGUGUGGAGACAGUGGAGUGCUACCAGGUGUUUGAGGAGAUCACCGGGCUCCGCGUUUCCGCGGGCGAGGCAGCAGAGCUGGGAGCGUCUGUCACCAUCAACGCCUCCGUGCAGACUGGGGACAGCAUCACCUGGGUGUUCGACCUGGGGGAUGGGACGGUGCUGAGGAGUCAGGAGCCAGUGGUAGAACACGUGUACAUAAAGGACAUCAACUGCACUGUGAAUGUGACUGCUGUGAAUCCCGUGAACUCCAUCUCCCAGACUGUUCCUGUUCGGAUAUUUGUCCUGGAAGUGCUCAAAAUAGAGCCAGCUUCUUGCAUCCUGGAGCACCCGGACGUGCAGCUCACCGCGUACGUGACGGGGAAUCCUGAGGAGUACAUCUUUGACUGGACUUUUGGAGAUGGCUCCUCUAAUGUCACAGUCAGGGGGGACCCUGGGGUGAGGCACAACUUCACCCGAAGCGGGACGUUCCUGCUCUCCCUGACUCUCUCCAGCAGGUUUAACAAGGCUCACUAUUUCACCAGCGUCUGUGUGGAGCCAGAGAUAGUCAAUGUCACCCUUCUCCCUUCCAAGCACUUUGUGAGGCUUGGGGAAGAGAGCACCUUCCAGGUCAGUGCCGUGCCUCCCUACCAGUACCGCUACCGCUGGGAUUUCGGGAACAACGAGUCCGCCAGAUCGAGUGGGACCGAGGUGACCUACACCUACAAGAACACAGGGGUCUUCCUGGUCACAGUGACUGUCUCCAACAACGUCUCUUUCAACAACGACACAGCAUUUGUGGAAGUCCAGGAACCAGUUGGGGUAGCGAAGAUUGAAUAUAAUGGGACAGAUGUUUUGGAGCUGAACCAGGUCUACCUGUUCUCUGCCAGCAUGAAUGGAACCAAAGUGAGUUACUGCUGGGACUUUGGAGAUGGCACUACCCAGCCUGGGCAAGUCGCCACCCACUCCUACAACAGCACGGGCCGUUACAGCGUUACCGUGAUGGGCCAGAACGACGUGAGCUCUAACGAGACCACCAUCGACGUCACCGUGAAACGUCGGCUCUUCGGCCUCACCAUCAAUGCCAGCAGGACAGUGGUGCCACUGAAUGGGUCGGUGAGUUUUGUAGCCACCCUCGUGGCUGGCACUGCCAUCCGCUACUCGUGGAUCCUCUGCGAUCGGUGCACUCCUAUCCAAGGCUCCUCCACAAUUUCCUACACCUUCCGGUCCGUGGGCACGUUCAAUGUCAUUGUGACAGCAGAGAACAAGAUCAGCUCGUUGCAGGACAGCAUCUACGUCUACGUCCUGGAGCAGAUUGAGGGCCUGCAGGUGGCCAGCGGUGACCUGGUGGAGGACAUGUAUUUCCCAACAAACAAAACACUCCAUUUGCAGGCCGUGGUGAGAGAGGGAACAAACAUCUCCUACAGCUGGGUAGUCCAGCGGGAUGGCAAUGCUGUGCAGACCUCCACUGGGAAAACCUUCUCCUUCAGCGUCCCCGAAGCUGGGAACUACACUGUCUAUCUGAAGGCCACCAAUAUGCUGGGAUGUGCCACUGUUAACAGGACACUGGAGUUUGUUGAAAGCCUUGGUCUCCUAAAGCCCUACGCCUUCCCCAACCCAGCUGCUAUUAAUGCCUCUGUUAACAUAAGUGCCACCAUAACCAGUGGCACUGGCAUCACGUAUGUGUGGUACCUCGAGGAUGGCUCCUCUCCUGUUACUUCUGAACCCUUCAUUAUACACUCCUUCCAAAGCCCUGGGGUGAUCGAGGUCAUCGUCGGAGCAGAAAACAAGCUGAAUUCAACCAAUUCAACAAUUUCUGUCUGUGUAGAGGAGGUUAUAGAGGGACUGAGUAUAGGGACAGCAGAGCUGGACUGUAGGUACGUCUCAUCAGGCUCCACGGUGGUCUUUGAGGGGGAACUGCAGAAAGGGACUGAAGUGACCUGGCUCUGGGAGGUGCCCAAUGGCACCUUGACUGGCCAGUCUGUGGCAGUCACAUUCCCUACGGCAGGGCUUUAUACAGUCCAUCUGAACGCAUCCAACGACAUCAGCUGGGCUCUGGCCAGCAGGAAUAUCUCAGUGCUGGACAGGAUCCAAGGUCUGGAAGUUCUCGCCAGCAAGAAGGUGGUGGAGCCAGGGGAGCAGGUCACGUUUGUGAUCAGGAUGUUGUCAGGUACCUCUGUGAGUUACCUGGUGAGCAUAAGCGGGGACUACUCUGUGGUGCUCAACGGGUCCAGGUACACCCAUGAGUUCACCAAGAGCGGUGAUUACCUGGUGACUGUGACCGUGCAGAACCAGAUCAGCAUCGCACACGCCCAGGUGCUCAUCUCUGUCCUGGAGGCCAUCCGGGAUGUCAGGCUCCUGAACUGCUGUGAGGAGGGCAUCCCCACAGGCACAGAGAAGAGCCUCAGUGCCCGCGUGGGGAGCGGCUCCCGUGUGUCCUUCUCCUGGCGGUUCUCCCUGUGGAAAGAGCAAGGUCGGUCUGUGGUCACUGUGUCAGGAGAGAGCGUUUCCUACACUCCAGAAGCUGCAGGGCUGCUUGAGAUUCACCUCAGUGCCUUCAAUGACUUGGGAAGUGUCAAUAUCACCAGAACCAUCCAGGUCCAAGACCCGAUAGUCCAGGUCUCCCUCUCUGCCUCCAAUGCCUUUGUCAACAGGACGGCACUGUUCGAAGCCAUGGUGGUGCCCAGCAGCAGGAGCGUUGAGUUCUUGUGGAGCUUUGGGGAUGGUUCUUCCACUCAAACAACCAGGGCUGCAGUGGCCAACUAUUCCUACCUGAGUCCUGGGGAUUACCUGGUGGAGGUGAAUGCCACCAAUCUCAUCAGCUUCUUCAUAGCCCAGCUCACUGUCACGGUCAAAGUCCUGGAGUGCGAGGAGCCGGAGGUGGAGUUGGCCUUGCCCCCCCAGGUAGUCAUGAAGCGAUCCCAGAGGAACUAUCUGGAGGCACAGAUUGACCUCCGAGGGUGCAUCAAGUACCAGACAGAGCACCUGUGGGAGAUCUACCGAGCACCCAGCUGCAUGGACCUGGAUGACUCCAGCAGGAUCCGGCUGCCGAACGUUGACGUGAACAGGCCCCAGCUGGUUAUCCCAAAGCUCGCCCUGCACGUUGGGAACUAUUGCUUCAUGUUUAUUGUCUCCUUUGGAGAUACCCCACUGUCCAAAAGCAUCUUUGCCAAUGUGACUGUGAUCCCAAGUAAGCUGGUCCCAAUCAUCGAUGGGGGGUCAUACCGUGUAUGGUCCAACACUCAGGACUUAAUCUUGGACGGGGAGAAGUCCUACGACCCGAACUUGGAUGACGGCGAACAGACCCCACUGUUGUACGAGUGGUCCUGUACGUACUACUCCAAGCAGAGCUCGGCUGCAGGGUGCUCUCUGAAUUUCAGUGCCAGUGAAGGAAUUGUCACAAUUCCCAAAGCUGAAUUAGAAGCAGAUGUGGCGUACACGUUCGACCUCACCGUCAGGAAGGGGGACAUGAGUCCUGAGGCCACCAACCAAACCGUGUUCAUCAAAAGGGGAGGAGUCCCUAUCGUGUCCCUGGAGUGUGUUUCCUGCAAGGCUCAGUCUGUCUACGAAGUCAGCAAGAGCUCCUACGUCUACCUGGAGGGGACCUGCCAGAACUGUCACAACGACUCCAAGCUUGGGAGAUGGGCAGCACACAGCUUUAAGAACAGGUCUCUCAUCCUGGACAAAACAACGACCUCCACUGGGGACACGGGGAUGAACCUGGUGCUGAGGCCGGGGGCACUGAAGGAUGGCGAGGGCUACACCUUCACCCUGCACAUCACAGACCUCACCACGGGGGAGGAGGGCUUCGCCUCCAUCGACCUGCUCCCCAACCAGCCCCCCACGGGGGGAGAGUGCUUCCUGUCUCCCCAAGGACCCCUCAGGGCACUCAUGACCAAGGUGCACUUUGAGUGUGCAGGUGAGAGCGUUGGGAACACCUUCCACUAUCCCGGGUUGCUCCAACCCCCGUCCAUGCUGAAGGGCAGCCGGGCCGAGCACGGCGCCUUCCUGCCCCCCGGCUUCCACGAGAGCGGCUUCCAGGUGUCCGUGUCCGUCCUCGUGCAGGACCAGCUGGGAGCCACCGUGGUGGCCAUUAACAGCCGGGCCGAGCACGGCGCCUUCCUGCCCCCCGGCUUCCACGAGAGCGGCUUCCAGGUGUCCGUGUCCGUCCUCGUGCAGGACCAGCUGGGAGCCACCGUGGUGGCCAUUAACAGCUCCAUGGAAAUUGGCUUACCUGAGGGCUUUCCCAGCCUUUCCUACUGGCUCUACAACCAAACUGACACUGUGCUCCAGGGAUUGGUGAAACAAGGGGACCCUCAGCAGGUCAUUGAGUACUCCCUGGCCCUCAUCACCAUCUUAAAUGAGUAUGAGAGAUCCAUGCUUCUGGAACCUGAGGCUGGGAAUGAAUUUGAGCUCCGGACCUGGACUCGCAACAACAUCACGGAGACCCUGAACUCUCUGAAGGUGAACACUGUUGAUGACAUCCAGCAGAUCUCGGCGGCCCUGGCGCAGUGCACGGUGGCGAGCAAGGAGCUGGUGUGCAAGUCAUGCCUGACAAGGACCUUGAACAAGCUGGAGACCAUGAUGACCAUUCUGCAGGGGGAAACAACCCAGGGCACUGUGACUCCAACUGGCAUUGCUGACAACAUCCUCAACAUCACAGGUGACCUAAUCCACCUUGUCAAUACGGUUUCACAAGAAUCCAAGCCCCAGGAGCUGCUUGCUGAUUCCCACAACUUGCUGCUGGCUCCCAAAGCCUACAACCUGUCCUCCAGCCUGAUGCGCAUCCUCAUGAAGUCCCGAGUGCUGAACGAAGAGCCCCUUGAGCUGGUGGGAGGAGAAAUUAAGGCCACAGGCAAGAGGUCUGACCCCUUUAACUUGCUUUGCUACGAAAACACACCAAACUGCCAGUUCUCCAUCCCCCAGGCCUUCAACUCCACCCUUUCCAACCUGACGGAUGUCAUUCAAGUCAUGUUCCAAGUGGACUCCAAUCCUUUCCCUUUUGGUUACAUCAGCAACUACACUGUGUCCACCAAGGUGGCCUCCAUGGAGUUCCAGACACACAACGGGGUGCAGAUCCCCAUCGGGAGCCUGGACUCAGAGAAAGCCAUCACUGUGAUGGUGUCAAACAACACGGAUCCCAACAACCUCGCUGCUGGCACGGAAGUCAUCGAGCCAAGGACGUCUGUGAACCUGAUUGUGAACAUGGAGAGCAACAACAGAGAAGCAGGACUGCAUUUCCAGCUCACCUACAGAGUCCUCAAUGAUCACUACCUUGCCAGCGAGCCUGAGCCGUUCAUCAUGGCCUAUCUCCAUCACGAGCCCCAGCCCAACGAGCACAACUGCACUGCCUCCAAGAAAAUCAGCCUGGAUACCCUGGCUGGGAGUGACCACAAACUCUACACCUUCUUCACCUCACCCAGAACGGAUGAUCCCAUCCAGAGAUACUACCUGAACAUCACCAACCACUUCAGCUGGUCUCCAGUGGAGGUGACGCUGGGGCUCUACACGUCCCUGUGCCAGUACUUCAGCGAGCGGGAGAAGCGCUGGAAAACAGAAGGAAUUGUCCCCCUGGAGGAGACCAGGCCAGACCAGGCCGUGUGCUUAACCCAGCACCUCACUGCCUUUGGGGCCAGCUUGUUCGUGCCCCCAAACUCUGUCCAGUUCAUCUUCCCUGCCCCGGGCCCGGGCCUGAACUACAUCGUCCUGCUGACGUGUGCCGUGUGCUUUGUGACCUACUCGGUGGCUGCGCUGAUCGUGCACAAGCUGGACAUGAUCGACCUGCACCGGGUGGGAGUGAUUCCCUUCUGCGGGAAGAACGGGAUGUACAAAUACGAGAUCCUGGUGAAGACGGGCUGGGGCAGAGGAUCAGGUACCACGGCCCACGUGGGGAUCGCCCUGUACGGGGUGGACAACAAGAGUGGUCACAGACACCUGGAUGGGGACAACGCCUUCCACCGCAACAGCCUGGACGUGUUCCAGAUCGCCACGGAGCGCAGCCUCGGCAGCAUCUGGCGCAUCCGCAUCUGGCACGACAACAAAGGACUCAGCCCCUCCUGGUACCUGCAGCACGUCAUCGUGCGGGACCUGCAGAGCAGCAAGAGCUACUUCUUCCUGGUGAACGACUGGCUGUCGGUGGAGAGCGAGGACAACGAUGGCAUGGUGGAGAAGGAGGUGUUUGCUGCCAGUGAGACGGAGCUGAGGAGCUUCUCGCGGAUCUUCGUGGCGGAGCUGCAGCGAGGCUUCUUCGAGAAGCACGUGUGGCUGUCGCUGUGGGACCGCCCGCCCCGCAGCCGCUUCACCCGCGUCCAGAGGGCCACCUGCUGCUCCCUCCUCAUCUUCCUCUUCCUCUGCGCCAACGCCGUGUGGUACGGCGUGGUGGGCAACGUCCACCUCAGCAACGUGGCCGUUUCUAACCUGAUCCCUGUGAGUGUGGACACAGUGGCUGUUGGUCUGGUGUCCAGUGUGGUGGUUUAUCCCCUCUACCUGGUCAUUUUAUUUCUCUUCCGGAUGGCUCGUGGCAAGGUCUCCAUCAGCCACACAGUGACUCACUCAGACCAGCAGUCCUUGGAGAUUGACAACUACCUGGACUCCUCAAUCCUCGACAGCUCCUUCCCCACCUUCCCCGGGCUGCAGGCAGAGGCCUUCUCUGAGCAAACCAAAACAGAUCUGUUCUUGGAGGACUCCAAAAGCCUGGUACGAUGGCCCUCCAGUGAGGCCCUGCUCAGCUGGCCAGACCUCCUCAGUGACCCCUCCAUCAUGGGCAACACCAUCCAGAAGCUGAAGAGAGGCCGGGCCAGCCGCCACCUGGGGCUCGAGGCCCCGCUGGCCACCGAGGAGGACAGUUUGUCCCUUGGCAUUCACCAGGGACAGCCUCGGUACUUCUCUGCCUCAGACGAGGAUCUGAUCCGGCAGAUCCUGGCGGAUGGAGCCAGCGGCAUCUCCCACUCCCAGGACCUGGGGCCGUACAUGAGGGCUGAAACAGAUCUGAUCUCAGGCCUGUCCAGCGUGUUCGGGGAGAAGGUGGAGACUGUCAUGAUGCAGAAGCUGAACGACAAAGGGCAGAGCAUGGCAGCUCCUCCCAGGGAAGUGAGCAGAUCAGCCAAGUCCACGUGGACAGUUGCAGACCAAACGUUCAGGAAGCGCUUGCUCCCACCCUGGUGCUCCUACCUGGCUCAUGGCAUCAGCCUCCUGCUCUUCGCCACCUCCACGGGGGUCUCCGUGUGGAUCGGGGUGGGCUUUUCCUCCAGCGUGGCCCUCAUGUGGCUCAUCUCAGGGAUAUUCAGCUUUCUGGCAUCCUUUCUGGUCUGGGAGCCCCUGAAGGUGCUGCUGGAAGCCCUGUAUUUCUCCCUGGUUGCCAAGCGCCUGCACCCCGAGGAGGACGACACGCUGGUGGAGCAGCCCUGCGUGGAACACGUGUCGGAGAAGAUCAGCAAAGUGCGGCCCCCGCAGGGCUUCGCCCUCUUCCAGGCCAAGGAGGAGGCCAGGAAGGUCAAACUGCUGCACAGGAUGCUGAAGAAUUUCCUCAUCUACAUGAUGUUCUUGCUGGUGAUCCUGCUCACCAACUACGGGGACACGUCCCGCACCAGCCGGGCCUUCCUCCUGCAGAGCUCCAUCAAGCAGCAGCUGGGCAGCAACGAAUUCCUCCUCAUCAAGAGGUCGGAUCAGUUCUGGCUCUGGAUGUCGCGGGUGUUCCUCCCGUACCUGCACAACAACGGGUCGGGCCCGGAGAGCCACAGCACCACGCUGGGCACGGCCCGGCUGCGCCAGCUCCGCCUGCAGGAGGCUGAGUGCCAUGCCCAGGACAUCCUGCCCGGCAUGGGCAGGGCCCAGAGGAGCUGCACUGACCAGCACAGCUUUGCCACCGCUGACUAUGGCACAGGCUGGGAGAGGGCAGCGGGGAACGUGACGGCGGCGUGGGCCCACUCCCCACCUGACCUGGCAGGGAUCUGGUACUGGGGUUACCUCUCCUUCUACGACAGCAGCGGGUACGUGCAGGAGCUGGGCCCUUCACUGGAGGAGAGCCAGGCCCAGCUGGACUUCCUGCAGCAGCACACGUGGAUCAACAACAUGAGCCGGGCAGUGUUUGUGGAGCUGCUGCAGUACAACCCCAGCGUGGACCUGCACGUGGCCAUCACCCUGCGCCUGGAAUUCCCGGGAUCCGGCCAGGCCAUCGCCGCCCUCACCAUCAGCCCCUUCCCACUGCUGCGGCUCAGCGGGGGGGUCACCCUGCAGCUGCUCAUGAUGGUCUUCCUCAUGAUGUUUGUGGUUUACUUCGUGGUGUCGGAGUCGCUGUCCAUCAAGAAGGAAGGCAGAGCCUACUUCACCCAGUGGGGCAACUACGGCCAGUGGCUCUUCAUCCUGCUCACCACGAGCACUGUGGUGGUUCACCUCAGCCAGGCCACCCUCGCUGACCAGCAGUGGCUCAAGUACCUCAGCAACCGUAGGGGUUUCACCAACUUCUACCAGGUGGCCUUUCUCAGCUCCGUGUUCAGCAGCCUGGCCGCGUCCCUGCUCUUCCUCCUGACUGUGCAGGCUGCCCAGCAGCUGCGCUUCGUCAGGCAGUGGUCAGUGUUUGGGAAGACCUUCCAGAAGUCGGCCAAGGAGCUCACAGCUGCAGGGGUGGCCUUCGCCCUCCUCCUCCUGGCCUACGCCCAGCUCGGCUUCCUGGUAACUACCCCUGCCUCACCAUGGCACGACAUCGUGGGCAGCAGCCUCCUGCUGCUGCUGGCCCUGCUCCGGGGCAGCGGGAGCCUCCAGCCCUGCCUGCCCGAGGCCUCGGGCCUCUGCUGCCUGUUCUGCACCAGCUACAUCGUCCUGGAGGUGUGGAUCGUGCUGAGGCUGCUCACAGUGGUGCUGAUCCACAGCUACCGCGAGAUGCACUUUGAGCUGUACCGACCUGCCUUCGAGCCCCAGGACUACGAGAUGGUGGAGCUGUUCGUGCGCAGGCUCAAGAUGUGGAUGGGCUUCAGCAAAGCCAAGGAGUUCCGGCACAAGGUGAGGUUCGAAGGGAUGGAGCCGCUGCCCUCCCGCGACUCCAGUGACUCCAAGUCCUUCCGGGGCCCCACUCCCAGCGCUGCCUCCGACAGCUCCAGGGCCUCCACGUCCUCCAGCCAGCUGGACGGGCUGAGCCUCGUGCUGAGCACCCGGGACAGCCUGGAAGUGGACGCCGACAUCCAGCGCCUCCUUUCCCUCUUCGAGAUGCUGCUGGCCCAGUUCGACCGCGUCAACCAGGUGACGGAGGAUGUGUCCCGCAUCGAGCUACGCACUGUGGAGGAAAGCAACAGCUUUCGAGAAGGUAUUUAA